AUGAAAUUAACACCAGUCUUAGCUUCAGAAUUAUUCUUCUCAGGUAUCUUCGCUUCACCAAUUUCUAAUGGUGCUACUGAGAACCCAGUUGCUUCUAAUGAAACCACUUUACAAUCAAAUAAUUCAACUGAUAUCUCUCUGGAAGGAAUGGGUCGUCCUGGUCCAGUUAAAUUUUGUUUCCAUCAAAAUCAAAAAGAUUUGUGUCACGGUGGAAGCUUCAAAAAAUGUGUUAAAUAUCAAUCAGCCAUGCCAACUCUUGGUGUUGAAGGAGCUCCUAGCUUUUGUGCUUUCUGGUGUACCAAAAUGAAAAAAACUGAAGAUUGUGGAUUCAAUAAGCAGAAAUAUAAUUACGAACCAAAAUGGUCUUGUGAAAAUGCAGACUUCACUUGUUGA